AUGUCCCGCCUCGAAAGUAACUGCUGUCUUUAUCCCGCCCCUUCAAACGUAGCCGUUUACGUAACUGCUCAGGGUUUACGUCGUUUAGACCCCACCGCAUCCAUCCACGAAAAAUCAUGCCCAAGUCAGUUUGAACCGUCUGCUUUGAUCUGGUAUUUGCUGCUGAACCCCCUCUCAGGAGAUGCCUUGAAGACAGAAAUGAAACUGAAUGAACGAACCCCGGGGAAGUCGCAAAACCAGAAUACCUGA